AGUCAAUGAUGUAGUAGUUUUACCUAGGGACAAAAGGCAAAAACCCAAGAGGCUUUUGAAUAAGAGGACAUUGAAGAAAAGCAAGGCUAAGGCUGAGUAUACUAUAGUUGUUGAGCAAAGAGAAGAUGAGAUAAGGAAUCCACAUGUUGAGACUGGACCCAUACACCAACACUAG